AUGCAUAAGAUAUUGAAGGUCAUACUUUCUCCAAUUGUUAAUUUUUUUCCAAAAGGAUUUCCAACAAGAAAAUUAAUUCCAUUAUUAUUAUUACAAAUUUGUGAAGCAUUUACCAAAAACUCUAUUGCAGCAUAUGCUGGAUUUAUGGUAACGGAUUUUGGAGUAGUAGAUAGUCCAAACCAAGCUGGAUAUUAUAGUGGAUUAUUAAAUGCAUGUUAUUUCUUUUCACAAUUUCUUUCUUCAUUCUUCUUAGGAGUUUUAUCAGAUAAUAUAGGAAGAAGACCAAUUUUAUUGAUUGGGUCUAUUGGAUCCAUUAUUUCAACUACUCUUUUUGGAUUUUCUUUUAACUAUUGGUGGGCUAUUAUUUCUCGUUCCAUUAAUGGGUUAGUUAAUGGUAAUAUUGGUGUAAUUAAAACUUUUAUGGGAGAGUUUUCUACAAAAGAAAAUAGAGCACAAGUGUUUGGUCUUCUUGGAUUAACGGGUGGUUUUGGUAUGAUUAUUGGAGCAAGUAUUGGAGGAUAUCUUGCUCGUCCAACAAAACAAUAUCCAUCAAUAUUUGGAGGAAUGAAAUUCUUCGAAACAUUUCCCUUUAUAUUACCAAAUUUAGUGUGUUCUUCAAUUACAACGGUUGGUGUUAUUCUUAGUUAUUUCUAUUUGGAAGAAACAAAACCAAGAGAACGUACUAACGAACAAUGGUAUCUUGAACUUUUGAACAUUUUUAAGAAAGUUAUAGAAAGAACCAUUAAGAUAGUUAAAAUGUUAUUUUCUAAAGAAUUUGUUGGGAUUUUAUGUUGUUUUAGUUAUUCUAUCAUUGCUGUUGGUGCCUCAAUGAUGUUGAACGUUAUUCCUUUAUUGAUGAUGGGGUCUAUUAGUGUAGGUGGUUUUGGAUGGGAAACAAGUCAAAUAGGAACAUUCAAUAUGAUUUCUGCAAUAGGAAUUAUUUGUACACAAUUAUUUAUUUAUCGACCAACAGUAAAAUUUUUUGGACCAUUAUGGACAAAUAGAAUUGGUUCAAUAGGUAACUUUAUUUUAUACAAUAUACCUCCUUGUAUUUAUUAUUUAUAUCCUUACGGUAAUGUAGCACUAUGGAUAGGGCUUAGUGUUUAUAGUUUUAUGGUGAAUAUAACAACUCAAUUUUGUUUUGCUUCAGUAAUGGCUAUGAUUGCUAAUAGUGUAACAAGUGAUUUAUUAGGUACACUGAAUGGGCUGAGUCAAAGUUUAGUGGCAUUGUUUAGGUUAUUUGCACCCUUAAUUUCAUCUCCUUUGAUAGCUUGGUCAUUUACUCAAAAAUUCCCUUUCAAUGCUCAUUUUACUUUCUUUGUCAUGGCUGUUGUUCCUUUAAUCAAUUUCUUGUUAUUGUUAUUGAUUCCCAAGUCAAUUAACUAUCCAAAAGAAGAAGUUCAAUACACUAAAAUUAUUGAACUUGACAAUAUAGAAGACAAAAAUGAUAUACAACAGAAAGAUGAAACUACACAACAAGACGUUAAUCCAACAAACCAAACUAACACUACUAAAGCUGACUCUUCUGAAGAACAAGUUAACGCCAUUAUUAUUGAUGAAGGUGAAA